GACAAGGAAGUAGUCCAUCAAUACGUGAAAUGCCGUAGGUUAUCGGUUAGUACAGUUAACUAAUAGUACAACCUUUAAUACAUUAUAUUUUUGCUCAGUACAAAUGAUUUCGGGCGCAGUUUAUGCAUUGUUAGCGGGUUUUCUUGGAGCAAUAGCCUCCUCAUCAGCGAAACUGUCACUGGGCUCAGAAUACCUGAAAGGUAUGUGUGAAACAUUUCUGAAAGCCUGGGUUCGAGCUGGUGACCACAGGAUCAAUCAGGAGGAAACUUCACCCUGCGAUUGGCUCAACAUCCCUCUGAGGUUUCUCUGCGGAGGCCUCCUGUUCGCGUGUAACACUGUCAUGUGGACCUUCUUCUCCAAGGCUCUGAGACACUCUUCCUCCUCGGCACGGGUCACAGUCACCACCACAGCGUCCAACUUCGUAUCCUCUGCAGUCCUUGGGAAGGUGAUCUUUGGCGAGGCCCAUGCUGCGCUCUGGUGGGUGGGCAUCUCUCUCACUCUCUCAGGUCUGCUGGUCCUACACGGAUGUGCAUCUCAACCCCCUCCACCAGCACAGGGCAAGAAGGAUGAGUGAAGGGCAGACCCCAUGUGAACUGCAAUCUCGCAACCACACCGGCCGCAUGUUGCUGUUAACAACGGGGAUGUAUUGCGCUCCGUUUUCAGUCAGCCCACCUCAGACAGCACACGGUUGAGAGGGAAACCGGGUCAAUCUGCAGUGAUGGCAUGGCAGAAUAGAGGGCUUUGUGGGGUUACGGGUCGAGUUCUAGUGUCCAACAGUGUGGGAUGGUUUAUAAAAUAUGAACCCAGCAGCCCUUCACUUGCUUGAUCAACUAUGACACCUUUCAGCCAUAUGUCCGGCUCCCAACCUGCUGGAAUAUCUAGUGCCCCCUAGGGUAAUGGCCCGUUACAGUCAACAUACUGUUUCACCAACACUUCCUGGUUUGAAAGAAUCUGAUUGGUUUCUUUGGAGAGCAGCUGUCUUCGGUAGGCUCUCAAUGGUGUUUCAUGGAAUUUUACAAUGGAUUCUAACUUGCGGACCGAGUCUGUUUAAAGUUAAACUGACUAUUAUAUUUGUUUAAAGGGAAUGCUUCUCAGCCUGUUUUCCCUCAUGAAAACCAAGUGCUUUGAAUAAUGCUGUUGAGAUUGUUAUUGUAUUGAAAAUAUUUCCAUAUGAUGUUAUGUCAUGGGGGUGGCCUUGGGAGGUCCAGUUGGAGAUGGUACUUCUGCAGUGAGGUUUAAAAUCCAGCCCAUUGCUCUUUUAGCAAAAUAAAAUAACUACAUUUCCACCAUCUAUCCAAUAAAGCAUUAAAAAAAUACGUGCCUGAAAAUGUACUUACAAGCAUGUUAUGGUCUUCAGAAGUUUUUAAGUCAUGGGACAAAAUGCUAGACUGUCCAGAGUCUAAAUCCUAUUGAAAAUGUGUGGAGAGACCUAAAAAAGCGGUUGGUAGGGACCCUUGAACAAGAAGUCUGGGCCAAACUGCCAGCACAAAGGACAAAGGCUGUGUGAUGUUAACAGUGAAAUAAAGGACAAGGCUGCCAAUA